AUGACGCCUACUUUUAUUCUAGGCUUUCUAGGUGCUGCGGUGAUCCUACAGAUCAUUCGGUUGGCUAUCAACUCAUGGCAACAUGCUCGCAAAGCUCGAUCUCUGGGCUGUGGCAGUGUGCCUCGUUUGCCCUGUAAAGAUCCGAUCGGAAUUGAAACUCUCAAACAAUCAAUGGCUGCCGACAAGACCAAAACCAUCCCUCUGCUGUCACAGCGCCGUUGCCAAAUGAUGACCGAGCAGGAAAAUCGAUUUGUCUCAACCUUCAUCAUUCGCAACCUCGGACAAGACGUGACAUUCACCAUCGACCCCAAGAACGUCCAAGCCGUGCUAGCAACUCAGUUCAAAGACUUUGAACUUGGAGCUCCCCGUCGCCGAAAUUUGAACCCCUUGCUGGGAACCGGAAUCUUCACUGCUGAUGGCCAGGAAUGGAACCACUCGCGCGGACUUCUCCGUCCGCAAUUUACCCGUGAUCAAAUCAGCCAGCUGGAGUUGGAAGAAACACAUGUGCAGAAGGCGAUGCAGGCCUUGCCGGUUGGCGCUAAUAAGUGGACUGCGGCUACCGACAUCCAGAGCAUUUUCUUCCGCCUGACCAUGGACUCUGCCACUGAGUUCCUGUUUGGAGAGAGUGUGGAGAGCCAACUUCAGGCCCUCCAAGGCCUCGAGCGUCCAGGAGACAACUUUGCCAACUACUUCGACAAGUCUCAGUGGGUCUGUACCCAGCGUGCCCGGUUCGAACGCCUUUCAUUCCUCGCAGAGACCAAGGAAGCCCGACACUCAGACAAGCAGGUCCACGCCUUUGUGGACAAGAUCGUCGCCGCCACAUUGAAGAACCUUGAAAGCGAAAAGAAGGUGCCCGAUGAAGAGAACGGCAAAUACGUUUUCCUAGAUGCUCUCGCCGCUACCACCCGUGACCCGAUCGAGCUGCGCUCCCAGUUACUCAACAUUCUACUCGCCGGUCGCGACACCACUGCUUCCCUUCUCAGCUGGACCGUUCUCUCCCUGGCACGCAACCCCGAGAUCUUCCGCAAGCUCCGUGAGGUUAUCAUCGAGACCUUCGGAACCUACUCCAACCCCCAAAACAUGACCUUCGCUGCCCUGAAAUCCUGUCAGUACCUGCAGUACUGUAUGAACGAGGCUCUCCGUCUCUACCCCGUCGUUCCUUUCAACCGUCGCUCCGCUACCCGUGACACCACCAUUCCCCGUGGCGGUGGUCCGGACGGCGAGUCUCCCGUCUACAUUCGCAAGGGCGACUCAGUCGCGUACAGCACAUUCGUCAUGCAGCGCCGCAAGGAUAUCUGGGGCCCUGACGCUGAAGAGUUCAAGCCCGAGCGCUUCGCCAAUCGCAAGGCUGGAUGGGAAUAUGUUCCGUUUAAUGGUGGCCCUCGUAUCUGUAUUGGUCAGCAAUUUGCCCUCACUGAGGCUGGGUAUGUGCUGGUUCGUUUGCUUCAGCGCUUUGACCAGAUUGAGGAUGUCAACCCUGAUCAGCCUAUUCGCUACGGAUUGACAUUGACUAUGUGCCCGGCUGAUCUGUUGACUGUCCGCAUGCACGAGGCCGAUGAUGCCUAG